AUGGAGGCGGCUAAGCCCGAAUAUCAACACUUCGUUCCACAGUUUAUUUUGAGAAACUUUAAUCAUCCAUUUCUGUACCCCUCUACCCCCAAGGGCCGUUUGAAAUGUAAGAAGCGUCACCAUGAAACGGGCAAAUAUCCAGGCGAUCCCGUGGUAAAUUGCUUGCAGCUGUUGCCAACUGGGUUCAAGAUCGAGGAACAUUCCAUCCGACGCGUCUGUGGUCUUAAUGAUAUGUACACCGAUCGAUCGUUGACUGCAGAAGUUCCUCGCCAGCUUGAGAGGAAAUUCAGCCGGCUCGAAUGUAGCACCAGUCUUAUCAUUCGUAAGAUUGUCACGGCGCAGGAGCAAGGUCAGAAGGAUGUUGAGUUGACCAGGACGCAACGCACCGUUUUACGAAAGUUUCUAUUUUUACUUGGCAUCCGUGGUACUGGGUUCUUUCAAAGAUACAACUGCGAAACCAUCGAGGACUACAAACAUACAGAAGACCAGGCUCUGCUCAGGGACUUUAUGGAAAGCCACGGAAUUGAACGGCCGAUAGAUGUCUGGUUACAUGGACUGAGUGCUAUUGUUGACCUUGAUAUGGAUGUGGGGGGCCAGUGGCAAGAAACUAUUUCUUCAGCCGUAUACUUCGCUAUCGCUGAGCGUUUCGUGGAGCAUGUCACGGGCUAUUGGAUGGCCAUAUGCACACCUGCGAACACCGAAGAGGAAUUCGUAUUGACUGAGAAUGGCUACAACGUCCACGAAGGACCAACUGUCGGCUUCGAAGACAAGGAGACUGGCGAAUGCAUUAGUCUGGGUCCUGCCUUUCACUAUUUCGCGCCUAUCGCUCCUAGAGUCAUGAUUCUCCUUCGGAGCCAACAUCUUCCCGAGCCCCUCGACGAUGGCGACCCAGAUAAUAAGGCAUUUCGGAGACAACGGCGAGAAAUCAUGAUCAACUCCUUGUACGGCCCGGGAACCGAAUCCAUCAUGGAAGACCUCCCAGUUCACAUAGCAUUCAACAGCUACUCAAAGGUGAUUGAUGGCAGACGUAUACCACUACCGGGAUGGGAUGGAAGGCUUAACAAGAACGACUGUUUUACAUUCCCCAUCUUCCAGAUCUCUACGGAGUACACUCAUAAGAUGAAUGGGUUGCUCCUUGACAAUGCCUUUCACGGCUCAACCAUCAUCUUCAAUCGACAGGAUGUGUUUCUCGACCUCGUUGAAUGGUACUUGACUGAGCCCUGUGAAGUGGGUAAGAAUUUGACUGGAGAGAACCGUGAAACCAAGAGAAAAUAUAUCGAACAACUAACCAUUUUCAUGGCGGCGCAAGGGCGAGAGGUCUCAACGAAGAUCAUUGACUGGCCAACCCGCAAAGACCUUGACAUAGCGCGUUUUAGAGAAGCCGGCAUUGCUUCUGUACGAUGGGCUCAAGAACUCGCUAAAGACAGAGGCGAUGAGUCAGAGCAAGCCGGAACGAAGAUGGAGAAACAACCGGUAAACGAGGCAGACCCUGGCCCCGAGGGAAUGUCCCCCAAUGAAUCGGGUACGAGCCGUGAAGAUGCAGAAGAGCCCGACCAAUUACCUGACGAAGUGACAAACUUUGGCUCCUAUUUAAGGCUUCAAUCCUACUUGCAGGAGGAUACUCUACUUCGCCUAAUCUACGAACGCAUUACCGAGCUAGCAGCAGCCUCGCCAUCCCAUCCAAAUGUGCCACGGGAUGUCUCGACUGGAGAGUUGGAACAUUCACUUGCGAUGUUUCGUAUCUGGCACAUCAGUGCACAUAUGGAUCGAGACGAUAAGUUCGAGGGAAACGGAAGGCUUGAAAAGCUCUUACAAAGCUUUCAGACGCAGGAGCCUAAUUUUGUGUUUUUGCACUUUCUCAAACGAAUUCGACAUGCUUUGAAAAGACAGGAGCAAGCUAGUUUGGUCGUCGAUGAAAAGGAUUUAGAGGGUCCUGAAGAUGAUAUUGACGAUGGUAAGCUAUAA